AAUCAUCCAAUAAAACAGCGAAACGGAAGGAAACAAAGUGUACCAAGGAGAACUUGAGCAAUCUGCCUCUCUUACACGUGUUUCUGCGGCUGAUGAAACGUGGAGCCUGAUGCCCAGCAAAUCGAAGAAAAUUCACAAGGUUACAGAUAAAAAACAUCACCUGUCAACACACGCUUGUGCGCCAGUUUCUCUGUAGCCGUUAGUCUUCACACGCUGCUAUGAAGUACAUUCUUGUGACGGGUGGUGUGAUAUCUGGUAUUGGUAAGGGCAUCAUUGCCAGCAGUGUGGGAACAAUCCUCAAGUCCUGUGGCCUUCACGUCACAGCCAUUAAAAUCGACCCCUAUAUCAAUAUUGAUGCUGGAACCUUUUCACCAUAUGAGCAUGGUGAGGUAUUUGUUCUCGAUGAUGGCGGGGAAGUGGAUCUGGACUUGGGGAACUAUGAGCGUUUCCUGGACAUCCGUCUCACCAAAGACAACAACCUCACCACUGGAAAGAUUUACCAGUCGGUAAUCAACAAGGAGAGGAGAGGAGACUACCUGGGCAAGACUGUGCAAGUGGUACCCCACAUCACAGAUGCCAUCCAGGAAUGGGUAAUGAGGCAGGCCAGGAUUUCAGUGGAUGACGAUGGUGUAGAGCCUCAAGUUUGUGUUAUAGAGCUGGGAGGCACAGUCGGGGACAUUGAGAGCAUGCCCUUCAUCGAGGCCUUCAGACAGUUCCAGUUUAAAGUGAAGAGGGAAAAUUUCUGCAACAUCCAUGUCAGCUUGAUACCACAACCCAGUACCACAGGAGAGCAAAAAACCAAACCAACCCAGAACAGUGUCCGAGAGCUCAGAGGGCUGGGCUUGUCUCCAGAUUUGAUUAUGUGCCGCUGUUCAACGCCCCUAGAAACAGCUGUCAAGGAGAAGAUCUCCAUGUUUUGUCAUGUGGAGCCCACACAGGUGAUCUGUGUCCAUGAUGUGUCAUCAGUCUACAGAGUGCCCCUGCUGCUGGAGAACCAGGGUGUUGUGAGCUACUUCUGUCAGCGGCUGAACUUGCCUGUCGAGAUGAGGCCCAGAAAGAUGCUCACAAAGUGGAAGGAGAUGGCUGAUAGAUCUGACCGUCUCCUGGAACAUGUCUCCAUAGCCCUGGUGGGGAAGUACACAAAGCUAUCCGACUCCUACACCUCAGUUAUUAAGGCCCUUGAGCACUCAGCCCUCGCCAUUAAUCACAAACUAGAGGUCAAGUACAUAGACUCUGCAGACCUGGAGAGUACCACUCUGCAAGAUGAGCCAGUGAAAUAUCAUGAGGCCUGGCAAAAACUCUGCAGUUCUCAUGGUGUGCUGGUACCAGGAGGUUUUGGUGUGAGAGGGACUGAAGGCAAGAUGCAGGCUAUUAGCUGGGCGAGGAAACAGAAUAAGCCAUUCCUGGGGGUAUGUUUGGGCAUGCAGCUGGCAGUGUGCGAGUUCGCCCGCAAUGUUCUUGGAUGGGAAGAUGCAAACUCCACAGAAUUUAAUCCCGAAUCCAAACACCCUGUGGUGAUUGACAUGCCAGAGCACAACCCAGGGCAGAUGGGUGGGACUAUGAGGUUGGGAAAGAGGCGGACAAUUUUCAAAUCUAACACCAGUGUACUGAGAAAACUGUAUGGAGAUUUGGAAUAUGUUGAGGAGAGGCACAGACACAGAUUUGAGGUGAACCCUGAGCUUAAGCACCACUUUGAAAAGAAGGGUCUUCAGUUUGUUGGUCAAGAUGAGGAAGGAGAGAGAAUGGAGGUCAUUGAAUUGGAGGGCCAUGGUUACUUUGUUGGAGUGCAGUACCACCCAGAGUUCACCUCCAGACCCAUUAAACCUUCUCCUCCAUACUUUGGUCUCCUGCUGGCCGCUGCAGGAAAACUCCAGAGCUACCUGGCCAAGGGCUGUCGCCUCUCUCCACGGGACACAUACAGCGACCGCAGUGGCAGCAGCUCUCCUGAAGUUGAGAUCUCAGAGCUGAGGUUCCCCUCUUUGUAGUUGUGUUGUUAGUGUCACUUACGCAGAUAAAUGCAGAGCCCCAAAAAAUUCUGGUCUGCCCUUAACUGAUGUUGCAAAACCAAAAUAUGUGUUAAACUGGUUUCACACUCUGACUUGUACAACAUGUUAAUAAUUUUUACUCUAAAUAUAUUAUGCCCUCAGCGAUUGUGUAUAGGGUUGUCUUACCAGUAUCUCUGUUGGUGCUUUAGAGUUGCUGCAAUAAGCAGAUGACAGAAUAAAAUGUAAAAUGUAUAAAAUCUGUAGAGAACAGGAGAAAAAAGAGUACAAAAUCAGUGGGGAAGAUGGCACCCUUAUCAGUAUAUUUGGGCAAACAUAUCAAGAAGUGUAUUUUCCAGUUAGGUAUAGAAAGCAUAGCAACUUUGACGCUCCGCUAAGGUGGGAAUUAGGGUCCCUGCAAUCAGGUUUUUCAAUCAAUCCAGUCCAGUGUAUGAAAAUACUGACAAACACUGACUUUGUACAGUAAUUUUGCUUGUGUAUUGUGACAAGCAUAUCAUUGAUACAUUUCCUUCUUAAAAGUGUUCGUUAUUGUCUGUCUCACAAUUUUUUGUUUUAAUGUAUUUUUUCCUUUCCAACAACACUCACUCAGGGUUACUACAUCAAAGUACUACAUGUCAUUCUGGUGGGGUGUGCAUGAAUUUUUCUGUUGUUAUGAGGUACACUGUUUUAAAUAUUAGUCAAUAUCACCAGGGUUUUAUUUUCUGCAUGAAAAUUGUUAUAGGAAAACUUGUGCUGUUGUAAGUUUUUAUUCCUUAACACAAACUCACCAGCUCAGGUGGCGUGGCUAUUUUUCGUUUAAGACCUUUUAGCAAACACAACUUUGAACUCCAUUGGCUUUUACUGUGAUAUCUGACCCAUAGCUUCCUAAAAUGAAAUAUACUGAUACAGUCAUCUGACAAUCCAGCCAACUUUAAGUGACUGUUGAGUCAACAGUGUGAAUUGGAAAUGCAAGCUUGGCAUAUGAAAACUGAUGUCAUAAAACUUAAGCUAAGACCUAAAUUUGAUCCCAAAGCAUCAGUGGUAGCCAGCUGUAAAUGAUAAGCAUCAAGCUUCCAAGUUACAUUUUUUUGCUUCAAGUCCUGUAAAAUUGACAUUGAUUGUUAAAUUAUUCCUGCCAGUGCAUCCAUUUAUUUGUUGGUGACCCAAAUGUGUGGAAAACAUAACAUAUUUUUUAUAUUUAUUAAGUCUAGCGUGUGCGUGAUGCAAUAUGUGCAUUUAUUCUGAAUAAAUACAAUUUUAUUUCUCAUGACAAUCUGGCCUUUAUUCUAGUUGAGCUGUGAAGCUCAUCAUAGUGAGUUCUGCUCUGUGACAGCAACACUAAAAAGUCAUGCAUAGUUGUCCCCACACCCUCCAUUAAAAACCUCUGUUUUCACUGAU